AUUAAAUUCCCACCUGCUCUGCUCUGCUCCUCCCCUUUGCUGCAGCCAGCAGGCAGACACUGCGCGACCAAACGGCUUUUCCUCGGUCCAAGUGCACGAUUUCUCGGCUAGGCUCGCUCCUAGAACCUGAAAAGAAAGAAAUGGAGGUGGGGCUCGAUUUCUCGGCUUCUCCAAGGUUCCAGUCGGAUAACCUGGAAUCUCCCCCGCCGGUGGAAGGAGGCGGCGGCGAGAAUGGCGCCGCCACCAAGCUGCAGAAGGUCUACCGCAGCUACCGGACCCGCCGGAAGCUCGCCGACUCCGCCGUCGUCGUAGAGGAGCUCUGGUGGCAAGCGCUGGACUUCGCGCGGCUCAGCCACAGCACCGUCUCCUUCUUCGACGAGCCCAAGCCGGAAACCGCUGCCUCGCGCUGGAACCGCGUCAGCCUUAAUGCAUCCAAGGUGGGUCAGGGUUUAUCCAGAGACGGCAAGGCCCUCAAGCUGGCUUUCCAGCAUUGGAUCGAGGCCAUCGACCCACGGCAUAGAUAUGGGCACAACCUGCACUUCUACUAUGAUGUGUGGUGUCAAAGCCAGGCAGGGCAGCCCUUCUUCUACUGGCUUGAUGUUGGAGAGGGAAAGGAUCUAGACCUUCCAGAGUGUCCAAGAGCAAAGCUAAAGAAGCAAUGCAUUAAGUAUCUUGGUCCGCAAGAGCGUGAGCACUAUGAAUACAUCAUUAAUGAGGGAAAGAUUAUCCAUAAAAAAUCUGGAGAACCUCUUGAUACAAGCCAGAGUCCUAAAGGAACUAAAUGGAUUUUUGUUAUGAGCACAGCAAAAAGACUUUAUGCUGGAAAGAAAGAGAGAGGUGUAUUCCAGCAUUCCAGCUUUUUAGCAGGAGGCACUACUAUAGCUGCUGGAAGAUUUACAUCCGAAGAUGGAAUUAUCAAGUCCAUCUGGGCCUACAGUGGUCACUACAAACCAAGUGCAGAGAACCUCAGCAAUUUUAUAAACUUCCUUGAAGAGAAUGGAGUUGAUCUCAAAGAAGUAGAGGUGCGCUCAUCCACCAAAGAAGACUACAAUGAAGAUCCAGUGCCUGAUGGUUCGCAGAACCUUACUGCUGAAUUCAUGGGAUCAGUUCCUCCAGAAGUGAUCUUACCUCCAAACACGACAGAAGUCAAUGAAGGCGAGAAUGCUCCUGCAGAACAACAAGCCAAGCCAACCUACCAAAGGACCUUGUCAGGUGGUCUUCAAAGCCCCAGAGCAACUGGCAUCCCGCAGAAGGCAAUUCUUGAGAGGAUGAAAUCCAAGGGCGAGUCCAAGUCCUAUCAGCUUGGCCACAGACUGUCCCUUAAAUGGAGCACUGGGGCUGGUCCAAGGAUUGGAUGUGUCAAGGACUACCCAAUGGAGCUCAGAAUGCAAGCUCUAGAAAUGGUGAACCUGUCACCAAGGGCAACAACACCAUCGGCUUCAAGGAUGCUAGGUUCUUGCUUGUCCCCGACGAAAGCCACCUCACCAACAUCGCUGAUUCAUGCCUCCCUGCCGCAGCCAACUUAGAAAUUUAGACGAGCUUAUGUCAAGCAACUAGCAUGAAGCCAUGCGAUCCAGCUGUCGCUUUACUGCACUGUCACAAUGCUACACUGCAAAGCUCAGAUUCUUGGUUUACUCUUGCUGACGUUCCCCUGGUCAGUGGUUCCAUUCAGAUGUAGCACACUGCAAGUUUUCCAAGUGUUCUCCUGUAACUAUUGCAGAAAUAUGUCCUGUGCAGAAUUCUCUUAUAUCUCACUACCAGCCUACCAGGACUCUAGGAGAGCUUCAAACAGACAUGAUAGAAUGUUUGAUUACCAAUACACCGUAACCUACUCAGUUGUGUGAACGUGACAGAUUAUUAUCA